UAAAUCAAUCGGGACACCUCGGACAAUACCGCCAUAUCGGCGAUCGUGUGGUGUGACGGUGUGGUGUAGCCCACUGUCCGAUGCGUUCAGAUUGUUUCUAAAUAUGACAUCUAAUCAAUACGAAGAAAUCCAGAAGAAAUUUUCUGGAACGUGGAGGGUUGACCGUAAUGAAUUGUUUGAAGAAUUUCUUGCGGAAGUUGGGGUAAACUACCUGAUUAGGAAAAUGGCAAGUCGUUCUAAACCAACCUCAGACAUAACAGUAGAUCUUCAAGACGAAACAAUUACCAUAACUCUCAAUUCUACAUUUAUGAAGAAGAUGAGCUCUUUUCGGUUGAACGAGGAAUACGAGGAGGAUUUUCAGGGGAACAAAACGAAGGCCAUUGCUACCUUUGAAGACGGAAAAUUGACAAUUUCAAACAAACCAUUAAGUGACACAGUUAAACCAACGACAGCAGUUCGUGAGAUCAUAGACACGGGGGAUUUAUUGGUGACGAUGCAGGUUGGCGACGUUGUCUGUAAGAGGUACUGGAAACGGGUCACCUAAUCGCUCGCCUCCUGCUGUCACUGUCAACAAGAUUUAAGGUUUCCCCUGCUGGUGCAGCAGAAUGAACAGUUUCUGUGAAUGUUACUCUGAUUGGCAUCGGCAAAUGGCUGUAGCGCGACGGGCUACGUUAAUGUACUGCGUUAAUUACCCUAUAUAUUCUCAGCAAACACAUUAAUUGUAAGCUUUUACAUUACUGUAUUAUCGCAUUCUAUUAUACAAUUUUGCAUUUAAGCAUAAGAUUUACAUAUCCGCAUGAAAUCAUUAUGUAUGUAUGCGUUGUGUUUAACGCUACGGUGUUUUGUUAUAAUGAUUGGAUAUUUCCGUGUGUUUAAUAUGCGAUUUACAUGUAAUAACAUUAUUCACAUAUUUCUUCACGUUUUGUAUAUUAAUUCAAUUUUAGAAUCGCUAAAGUUGAUCAUGAAGACCAUGAAACAAACCUAUUUUAUUAACGCCUUUUUCGAAAUUACACUACGCUGAAGAAUGUGUUGUUGCGGGCGUUGUCAUGUAUAUUGGCAAUAUAUGGUUGUAUCAAUUCAUGCUUUUUUAUUUAUCUUAUAUAUAUGUAAACCUCAAUGCUUUUUUAUCUUUUGGGCACAUAUUCUUACGCAAUAUGUUUUAUACUCAAAUCAGUGCUUAGCAUAUAUUUGGUUAUAUUGUUUAUAUAUUUGGUUUAUUUGGGUUUAGCGACUUGUUGUCGAUCUGUUUAAUAAUUUGCUGGUUUUGUUUCAUUUAUAAUAAAAUAAAUGUGGACAUUUUUAUGCACAUAUGCACAGUAGUUUUGGUAACAACGGGAAUCCCGGUACGUGUUCAAUUCAACUCACUUUUUAUCACCGAGCGGGUCGAAUCAAACGCUUGUGUAUGACAUGUAACUUCGCUUUGCGUUUCUUUCCACAAACCCGUGCGACCCUCAUUAUUUAUCUGGUAUUACGGUCGGAUUGUUUUAUCAUCCUUGCAUAAUUCAAUCAUAUUCGCAAACAUAAUGAAAUAAUUGACAAAAAUAUAUAAGUUUCAAAGCCAUUUGGGAAAUUUCUGUCAUUGGAAAUCCGUUUUUAUUGAGAAAUAACUUGUGUGUAGUGAACCAAAAGGUGAUGUUUAAAGUUUGGCAGACCUACUGACCCUAUUUUUUUAUAUUUAGAGGAAACAUAUGCCUUAUUUUGUUUUGACCGUAUUUGUGUCAUUAUACAGAUCGUGUUUUAAACAUUACUUAUAUUAAGGCAAAUAUACAUCGACACCAACUAGCAUAGAAAUAUUGAUUGUAUAUUAAAAUUGAGGAAUGUUCUAACGAAUGAAAUAGUGCGCGUACUAUUGUUUUUAAAAAAUGCAGAAAGCCAUAUGUCUCGUGAAUCGGGCACACAACCACGUGUAUUGAAAUCGCGCAAAUUAAAUGUCGAAUCAAUUAAGACUAGAAUUUACAAAUUUGACUCACACAUGCAGGAAGGAUUUUAGCAAUAUGUCUCCCGAAUUUCUUUUUUCUGAUGCUUUAUUUUUCUUUAGAGUCGAUUAUUUUCCGGACAUGGAAUGGGUUCGAUAUUAAAAACACGUAUGUGCGUAUUAAUAUCAUUAUUUCGCGAUGUUUCCAAUAUUUAUUUAUUAUUAAUAAUUUUUGUUUAAGCUAGUGUGUCGAAGAUUUUUGUAAACUUAGUGUUUACUGCUUCGUAAUUUACUGUUAUUGUUGAAGGACGAGUUAUUGGUUCAUUUUGGUUAAUGAUGGAACUGUGAUUUUUCAACCAGGUUUUCCGAAGGAAAAACUGGUUAUUAGAUUGGCGAAUGUCGGCGGGCGGAACAAGCUGGUCCGGGUCAUAACUAUGUCGUUCAUUGUGAGAUUUUAAAAUCAUUUGGCACAUUUGUUCAGCAUCAUUGGACGGUGUGUCGCGCGAAAGAAUUACGUCGUUAUCUCUAAGGUCAAGGUCACACUUCGAAGGUCGAAAAUGGCCAUAAAUGAGCUUGUCCGGGCCAUAACUAUGUCGUUCAUUGUGAGAUUUUAAAAUCAUUCCGCACAUUUGUUCACCAUCAUUGGACGGUGUGUCGCGCGAAAGAAUUACGUCGUUAUCUCUAAGGUCAAGGUCACACUUCAAAGGUCGAAAAUGGCCAUAAAUGAGCUUGUCCGGGCCAUAACUAUGUCGUUCAUUGUGAGAUUUUAAAAUCAUUCCGCACAUUUGUUCACCAUCAUUGGACGGUGUGUCGCGCGAAAGAAUUACGUGGAUAUCUCCAAGUUCAAGGUCACACUUAGAGUUCAAAGGUCAAAAAUGGCCAUAAAUGAGCUUGUGCGGGCCAUAACUGUGUCAUUUAUUGUGAGAUUUUAAAAUCAUUUGGCACAUUUGUUCACCAUCAUUGGACGGUGUGUCGCGCGAAAGAAUUACAUGGAUAUCUCCAAGGUCAAGGUCACACUUCGAGUUCAAAGGUAAAAAAUGGCCAUAAAUGAGCUUGUCCGGGCCAUAACUAUGUCGUUCAUUGUGAGAUUCUAAAAUCAUUUGGCACAUUUUUUCACCAUCAUUGGACAGUGUGUCAUGCGAAAGAAUUAAGUCGAUAUCUCCAAGGUCAAGGUCACACUUUGAGUUCAAAGGUCAAAAAUGGCCUUAAUGAGCUUGUCGAGGCUAAGUAUGACGUUGAUUGUGAGAUUUUAAAAUCAUUUGGCACAUUUGUUCACCAUCAUUGGACGGUGUGCCAUGCGAAAGAAUUACGUUGAUAUCUGCAACGUCAAGGUUACACUGUGAGUUCAAAGGUAAAAAAUGGCCAUAAAUGAUCUUGUCCGGGCCAUAACUAUGUCAUUCAUUGUGAGAUUUUAAAAUAACACGGCACUUUACGUCGAUAUCUCCAAGGCCAAGGUCACACUUGGAGUUAAAAAGUCAAAAAUGGCCAUAAAUGAGCUUGGCCGGGCCACAACUAUAUCAUUCAUUGUGAGAUUUUAAAACGACUCUGUACAUUUAUUUUGUUCACAGUCAUUGGACUGCGUUUCAUGCGAAAGAAUUCAAGAGUUCAAAGGUCAAAAUUGCCAUAAAUGAUAAUGGCAUAAUAUUUCUUAAAAAUCGCGAUAAAUUACAACAACAACAAACAACAACAUUUAUUCAGCAGUAAAGCUUAUACAAGCUCAUAGCCUACAUUAUAUACGCAUUAUACAAUUUAUAAGUAAUGGUAGAAGAUAGAAAUUGGACGAUAGUGUUAUGAACUGGUUAACAUGGUUAGUUAUGAAGGGAAUACAUAAUUGCAUCUGAUAUUGCAACUGCACAUCUUAUAUUUACUAAUUACUUACAAGGCAUACGAUUGGAAGAAAUUUAAAUAUUAUUUGGAGAAAUAAACAUUUGUGGAUACGAAUGUUAUAUGUGGGUGUGUCUGAAAUAACAAUUUUAAGAAUCCUAUUUACGUGGAAUAUUUUAAAUAAACUACCUUAAACAUUUAAGUCAAUUACGUAAUGCACUGUUUUGUCAUAUAAUACAAUUCUCUUUUGUGUAUGUUAUGAAAUGUAUACAACAACAACAACAACAACAUCUAUGAAGCUAAUACGAGUUCAUAGCCCUCACAUAUGAAAAUGAGCAUUAAUUUAAUAUAUACAAGAAUACAACAAACAACAACAUGUAUUCAUCAAUAAAGCCUAUACAAGUUUAUAGCCCUCACAUAUGAAAAUGAGCAUUUAUUAUAUACAAGUGAGUAUACAACAACAACAAACAUACAUUUAUUUAUCUAUAAAGCCUAUACAGGUUCAUAGCCCUCUCAUUUGAAAAUGAGCAUUAAUUAUAUAUUUGUAAGUGAUUGCAAAAACACACACGGUACACAUUCCUAGCAUGUUUAUGUUUCAAUUUUACCAUUAACAUCAAGAUUACUUGAUUACUGAUAAAAUAUAGAAUUACGAAACGAGAUGCUGUCUUAAGUUAUUUGCUUCAUAAAUAAAUUUCGCAGUACUUAUCAUUUCACUUUUACUCUUGCUGGACAUUAAUAUUGUAAAUUUAUUUAUUGUUUGCCAUCUGCAAUAGUGCGGUUUAAAAAGUUUUUUUCGUAGGUGUGCAUAUAUUGGACAUACUAGUAGGAAAUGAUAUUCAUUUUCUAUAACGUUCAUGGUGCAUAAUUUACACAUCCGAUUUUCUCGUUCGAUAUUAUUAUAUCGCCCCCUUUCUAUUUCGAGAUUAUGUGAUGAUAAGCGGAACUUACUAAGUGCGAUUCUAUAUUUUGUUUCAUUUACUUUAUCUAAAUAUGAUUCAAGUGUAAAAUGGUGUUUAAAUAGGCAAUACGAUGAGAGACUUUGGGAAUUUAUCACGUCGCUAUGCCAUGUUUGUGUAUAAAUAUCCAUUAUCCUUUGUUUAGAAAGCUGUAACUGUACUUUAGUAAUGUUUUGAUUGACCCAUAGUUCAGACAUCCCAAUGUUUUCCAGAAUGCUUUUCACGUUCCUAGCUCAGUUUUGAUUGCCGUAAGUAUUACCGUUAUUUGCAUCGUUUUUUAACAUGUUGUAUAUAAGUCGAAUCACGCUACUUUCAUUUGACGAUAGUAGUUUAAACCAGUACUUGACAAUAUUUAUUUUUUAGAUUCUCUUGUUUUGUGAAGACAGCAUGCAAAAUAUUCUGUGUCAAUGCAGCAUGUGGGGGUAUACGUCACGUCUGUGACAAAGCUCUAGUUAUAAAUAUUUUUUUUUGAAAACCUUUUUUUGUGACAAUUUUGUCCCUUGUUCAUCAAUGUUAAGUUGAUAAAUGUCUUUAACUGAUUGAUUAUAAAACUGUUUUAUUAUUUUUAAACUGAUUGGAUAUACAUGUAAACCUGUUUUAUUUUUUAAUAAUUAGAACAGUUACAUAAUGACGUUGCUUCUUGUAAUCGUCCAUGCAGCUUUUUAUCCAGGCACUCAUUGUACUUUUCACAUCGUAUAAAAACUAUUCUUUUUGUUAUAAUCGAGCAUGAAUGUUAAACGAGAUGUUCGUUGUAAAUAGUCAAUAAUUGGGACCUGUAGUGGUACCAGAAACUGCUUCAAUGAUGUUUAAAUUUGAUUUAAAUAAAUCGGUUUGAACUUCGAGUUUGUUAAAAGUUUAAAUUUCCUAUAACAUUUUGUUAAAUGUUGGUUCUUUGCUAUUCUGUUUUAAGUGUUGAAACAUACAGAAAAAUUAUCACUUGUUAUCAUCAAUAAAUCAUAAACUCAUGUGA